GUGUGUGUGUGUGUGUGUGUGUGUGUCGAGUGGAACCACACACAACAACCCUGUGUGUUCGUGUGUGUGUGCAUAGCAAGUGUCAGGGUGAUGGGAGCCACUAACAGAAAGAAACCCAGAGGAGCACUAAAGGAGUAGCAGACUAAAUCACAGGGGGAGGAACAGACUAAACCAACAGAGAGAGGAACAUACUAAAUCACAGGGGGAGGAACAGACUAAACAAACAGAGAGAGUAACAGACUAAGUCACAGGGGGAGGAACAAACCAAACCAACACACAGAGGAACAGACUAAACCAACAGACAGAGGAACAGACUAAACCAACACACAGAGGAACAGACUAAACCAACAGACAGAGGAACAGACUAAACCAACAGACAGAGGAACAGACUAAACCAACACACAGAGGAACAGACUAAACCAACACACAGAGGAACAGACUAAACCAACACACAGAGGAACAAACUAAACCAACACACAGAGGAACAGACUAAACCAACACACAGAGGAACAGAACAACCCCAGACCACAGACAGAGCAGACAUGUCUCACCGGCAACAGAUCUGAACACAGAGAGGAUUUAUGCUUAGAUUACCACUGCUACAAACACACUCACACAUACUCAUACACACACACUCUGACAGACACACACUCACACACUCCGCGUCUGAAGGAGUCUGUGCUGCUGAGUAACUGGGUCUGGUGUGUGUGUGUGUGUGUCAGGGUGCAUCGGGGUGUGUACCAGUGUGUGUAGCGGGGUGUGUGUGUGUGUGUGUUUGUCGGAGGACGUGGUAUGGCGCGCUGGGAGAGCUGGUCGUGGAGUUGGUCGUUAAUGCUGUCUUUCCUCCUCUCUCUGUCUGCUCAAGGAGAACUCUCAUUGGCCACCGUCAGCAGGACGGAGGUCCAGCACAGCCAAUCAUCUUUCUCUGCUGUAGAAAGGGCGGUGCUUAUCGGUGAUGACUCAGCAGAGCUGAUUGGCAUAGGGUUAGGACUAGGGGCUGAACUUCCUCUCAGCGCCACCAAACGCAACCCCUCUCACAGAAGACACUCCCACCUGGACUUCACUGAAGAGGACGAUCAGCCAAUCAGAGAAGAGCUAACAGGCAGGGAAUCUCAGGAACGCUCAGAUGAUAUCAUCAAGGUGGAGUUCCAUAACCCCGACCGCCCCUUGACCCCUGACCUCUCGUCUGAUUCUGAUUGGCUGACCGCUGUAGCUCAGCCCCUGCAGCAGCGGGCGGGAGACCCCACAGCCUGGACUCUGUCAGAUUUCUACGACUACCUGUCCCCCGACGCCGAACUCUCCACCAUAGAUACAACCCUUGACCCUGAGCCGACCCUGACCCCUCCGGCAGACAUGGAGGAUGAAAACCCAUCGCUCACUGGCUCCCCUGUCCCCUAUGUUACCCCUGACAAUGACGACCCCCAGCAACCCUCUCAGUCUCAGCCCCCAUCUCAGUCUCAAUUCCCCUCUCAGUCUCAAUCCCCACCUCCUCCUUCCCCUCCUCAGGGGUCAGAUGGGUGUGGUCUGGGCUUUGUGAGGUCAGAGGUCGGGGAUGAGUGUGUGUCUCAGUGUGAUGCACAGCCUGACUUCUGCUACAAUAGAGGAGUUUGUACCAUCGCUACGGGAAUAGGAGCAUUCUGCAGGUGUAAUGUCCAGGACUAUAUGUGGAACAAGGGCUCUCGUUGCGAUUGGGUGGUGACAGACUUCCAGGUACUUUGUGUGGUAGUGGGCGUGGCCUCUCUGACCCUCAUCCUACUCAUCAUCAUCAUCGUCUUCUUCGCUAAGCGACUCCACCGCCUCAGGAUUGAGAACAGGCGACUCCGCAAACGCAGUCUAUACCGUCCACACAGCGAGAUGCAGACGGAUGGCUUCUCUGUUUCCACGGCGCAAGACAGUUCCCAUGCCAACGAUGACCCUCAGAAAAUGGAGGAGCCUGUGAAGUCUCAAUUCACUCAAGGGGAGGAGUCUAUGAACAUCGGCAACUCUCAUUCGCCGAAACAUGUUAACAACUGCCCCGCCCUCUCCUCUGACCACACCCCUAACGCAGACCAGGAGGUAAAUAGCGAGGAGGCAAACUCCUCCCCCUCCAACAACAUAUACUAAAUCAUUCACAUAAGGGGCACCAUAAUACUGCAUAAAUAUACUAUACUAUACUAUAGCUGGGUUCCUGUUGAGGCCCUUGACUCCACUAGGAGAUAAAAGGAUUAAACACAACUAUACUACGGUAUACUAUACUGUACUGUAUUAUACUAUACUGUACUAUACUAUACCCUGUACAUAACAUGUUACACCACUACUGACCACAUGGGGGCGAUGCUGCCUCUUCCUUGCGACGUCCAGCUGCAUCACUAGCAAUCCUGGACUAAACUGUUUCUGGCUGGACAAACUCUCCUCUCCCACAAUGCCCUGCUCUCGUCUCUGACCUUAGAACUCUGACCAUUUUAAUGCUGUCCUCCCUUCUCCUACUGUCCGCCUUAAGUCUGCGUAAAAAAUAACACCCUAUUCCCUUUAUAGUGCACUACUUUUGGCCAGAGCUCUGGUCAAAGGUAGUGCACCAUGUUGGGAAUAGGGUGCCAUUUCAGAUCUUUACCCUUCUUUUUUUGUCUGCAUGCAUUGCUGUUUUCUACUAAAACAGUUAUUUAUGGAAAAUCAUUAUAAACAAGAUUAACUAGAAAUACAAGAAAAACUGUUGAGAAAUUACAAGACAAAUAGUUGAGAUACUUUGAUGUUUGAUAUAAUCCAGUGAAUAUGUAUAGGUCUCAUGUAAAGUUGAUGUGUUGCCUGGCUUGCUAGUAUUGAUAUAUUUAUGGUUUCUAUUGAUGUGGGUUAAAACACUUUGAUGAACUUAAACUGUUUUUUUGGAGAACACAUCAUAAUAGCAUCAGAACCAGGGUUAUUGAAAUAAAAACUUUGUAACUUUAAA